AUGGAUUCGCCCGCGUUCGCGACGUUCCGCGCGCGCGUGCUCGGCGAUGCGGACGACGACGACGCCGCUGCGUCGAGAUCGGACGACGCGGCGACGACGGCGGUGGACGCGUCGGGGGCGCGCGAGGAGCGCGUCGGAGGUGGAAGCGGGUCCGGGAUCAUAGGCCUGGGACGGUUCCAUCGCGUUCGGGAUUACAUCGAGCAUUACUUGAUGCUGAGCGAUCGAACGCUGAUGGAGGAUUACGUGGUGUACUGUCUGCACGAGUGCGAGCGCGCGCGAGACGCGGGGGACGUGGAGCGGGAGUUUUGGUUUUACGGAGAGUUGGUGCGGAGCGACGGGAGCGAGGCGAGGAAGUGCGCGAGACGAGGUGAGCAGGCGCAUCGAGAGUGCGGAUGGGUUUCGGAGUUGGUCGAUCAGCGAUUGACUCGAACGUUGGCGUUAGCGCGAGAGGUGGAGACGGAGGAGGGGUGGGCGUGCGCUCGCGCGCACGUCAUCGCCGCUGAGCACUACUGCUACUUCAAGGAGGAUCGAGAGGCGGCGCUUGAGCACGCCGGGAUGGCGCUGCGAACGGCGAAGCGGGCAAAAGCGAGGACCUCGGAAAUAGUUCUGUGCGAGAUCGAUGCGAUUCGGGUGAUGCGAUCGACACAGUCGAUGGAAGGAAACAUGUACGAAGCUGUCGCGCUCGGCUCUCGAGUCGUCGCCAUGGCGCGAGAAGAGUACCACUCAACGAAUGAAACGCGCUCGCACGAGGACACGAUAGAGCGGACCACGUGGUUCGUCGAGCUGUUGUAUGAGCACGCGAUGACGCUGAGAGGAUGGCGCGAGCGAUCGGCGCGUCCGCUCACCGCUCCUGAGCUAGAGAGGUACGCCGCGGAUGUGUUGAAGGAGGCAAAGACAGUGCUGGAGAGUUAUUGGACUAGGACUGGGACGUCGUGGCGAGACAACGCGACGUCGCGCAAGCAGUAUAUCGGCAUUCUCUGCCAUCUCGCAGACUUGUGCGAAAAUCACCUGGACUCGUCACACAUCGUCGUGGAGAAGAUGGACGCUGAGGCGUUCAAUGCCAAGUCUCAGCGUCUGCACCGCGCGCUCGCCGCGGGCUAUCGCGUCCUCGCCUCCACCGUGGAUCCGGGCAUCUUUGAAUCGCCGUGCAUAUUUUGUGGUCUGACUCUCUCUCCAGCGGAUGUCCAGGACAUCAUAGGCACGAACUCCUUUGAGGAUGUCGAGCCGAUGUGGGGCAAAAUCGAGCUCGUGUCGCUCGCGUGCGAGAGCUGGCACCACGUGCACUCCAGCUGUCGCACGCGCGCCGUGGAGGCCGACGAAGCCUACGCUGACCGCGCCCUCGAACGUGGUCUCCCGUGUCGAUACUGCACGAACGCCCGCGAGAUCGAGCGCACGCGCGCGCGCGUUCGGAGACGCCCCGUCCGUGUGUCGAAGAGCCCCUAG